AUGGUUAAUUAUUUGGAACGUGCUCGAGCAUUAGCAGAAUGUUCACCUUUACCAUCAACCAAUGUAUCAACAUUACAACAAAAGCCUGAAAGAUUUUCGAAGGUUAACUUUAUUGUCAAUCCACAACGAAAUAACAGAACCGGAUAUGAACGAGUAAAGGAUGUCAUUCAAGAAAACAGUCAUUGCGGGGAACAUAAAAUUAGAUUUAUCAAUGCAUCGGCGCAAUUGUCGCAAUAUCGCUGCUGCUGCAGCCUUAUGCAUAUUGUGGUAAGUAUUUUGUUUCUGCUGCGAUAA